AAAUGAGAAGCGUAAUUCAGUUGAGUAUUUCACCCGAAAGGAGCGACUGAAAAAAAGAAUGCCUGAACCAUCAAAAGCUGCGCCGAAGAAAGGCUCGAAGAAAGCGGUUACAAAGACCGCAGGAAAAGGGGGCAAAAAACGCAGAAAGACUAGGAAGGAGAGUUAUGCGAUUUACGUGUACAAAGUGCUGAAACAAGUGCAUCCCGACACCGGUAUAUCAUCCAAGGCGAUGGGUAUCAUGAAUUCGUUUGUCAAUGACAUCUUUGAACGAAUUGCUGGUGAGUCGUCCCGCUUAGCGCAUUAUAACAAGCGCUCCACAAUCACCUCUAGGGAGAUCCAGACUGCGGUACGCCUGUUGUUACCUGGAGAGCUAGCCAAACACGCGGUGUCUGAAGGUACCAAGGCUGUCACCAAGUACACAAGCUCCAAGUGAAUACGCAUCUUCCUUUAAAUAAACCCAAAGGCUCUUCUAAGAGCCACCCAAGACUGAAUAAACGGCUGUGUUCCAUUUGUACUGUUAA